CUGGAGAAGGAGGAAAAGAUACACAGCGUGGACAUCGGCAAUGACGGCUCAGCCUUCGUGGAGGUGCUGGUGGGCAGCUCGGCUGCAGGGGCUGGGGAGCAAGACUACGAGAGUCAGCAGCCCCGGCAAACACCAACCUCAGUGCCACCCACCCUAUCAGUCAGGGUCCUGCCAAGAGACUGAAACCACACCAGUUAUUGAAAUUGAGAAUUUAACCUAAAGAAUUAGCAGCUACGUAUUGAACCCGAGAGGCAAGAAGACCGAGGUGUGGUGAAGGAGUAAUGCGGCGAGCAACUGCCACGCCUGGGGUCAGGGAAACAGCGAUAUUGUUGGAAUUCCUGAAACGUCAAUGCUUAGAAGCUUGGAAGUGGGGUUCCACAGAGCUGAAACUCAGACCCUGAGGAGCCGGCGCCGGAAUCCCUGAGAGGGGCCAGAUGACGCUAGCUCCGCAGGUGAUAAGACGCUGAAACCAGAUUCGCUGGCUGCCCUGGGGAGGGGCUGCUACAGAAGCACACCAGGGGUGAUGCUCACUGGAGCCUCAAGAAGCGGGGAGCACAUCCGUCCUCCCUCCUUUUGCCUCGCAGCCUCUCCAUAGUUCCCCCUACUGGCAGGGCCCGAGAAGGAGCAGUCGAAGAGGCAGCCAUGUCCCCACCCAGCAUCCCAGCGCUGAGCCCCAAGAGAAUCACUUAUAACAGGUGCAACUCUCCUAGCUCUCUGGAUUCCGCUCUCUUGUGCCUGGACUCCCCGAUACUUCCUCUGCUUUCCGUGAACUCAGCUGUGCAUUUCCAAAAGGUCCUGCUGGUCACUUCAUCUUUUAUGUCCCCUUCCGAGAGCCGCAGUGGCUCAAACCCCAACCGUGUUCGCAUUUUCGGGCCCGACAAGUUGGUCCGGGCAGCAGCGGAGAAGCGCUGGGACCGCAUCAAAAUCGUUUGCAGCCAGCCCUACAGCAAGGACUCCGCCUAUGGCCUGAGUUUUAUACGGUUUCACAGCCCCCCAGACAAAGAGGAGGCAGAGGCCUCACCCCAGAAGGUGACCAAGCUUGGCCAGUUCCGCGUGAAGGAGGAGGAUGAGGGUGCCAACUCCCUGAGACCCGGGGCCCUCUUCUUCAGCCGGAUCAAUAAGACCUCCCCAGCCGCAGCUGGUGACCCGGCCGGACCCAGCUAUGCCGCUGCUACUCUGCAGGCCUCUAGCGCCACCUCUUCAGCCUCUCCCGUGUCCAGGGCAGUGGGCAGCACCUCCAAGCCUCAGGAGUCCCCCAAAGGGAAGAGAAAGUUGGAUUUGAACCAAGAAGAAGGGAAGACGCCCAGCAAACCAUCAGCCCAGCCCUCACCACCUGCCGUCAAGAGACCCAAAUUGUCAGCUCCCACCCGCACCCCGGCCACCACCCCAGUCCCUGCCCCAGCACGAGGCACAGUGCCAGAGAAGACCCGAGAAGGCACUGAGCCCAGGGGAUCCCGAGCUGGCCCGCAGGAGCUGGGGAAGAUCCUUCAGGGUGUGGUGGUGGUGCUGAGUGGCUUCCAGAACCCCUUCCGUUCGGAGCUCCGGGACAAGGCCCUAGAGCUGGGGGCCAAGUAUCGGCCGGACUGGACUCCAGACAGCACCCACCUCAUCUGUGCCUUUGCCAACACCCCCAAGUACAGCCAGGUCCUAGGCCUCGGAGGCCGCAUCGUGCGGAAAGAGUGGGUGCUGGACUGUCACCGAAUGCGGCGGCGGCUGCCCUCCCGAAGGUAUCUCAUGGCAGGGCCAAGCUCCAGCAGUGAGGAUGAAGGGGGCUCCCACAGCGGCAGCAGCGGGGAUGAAGCCCCCAAGCUUCCCCAAAAGCGCCCCCAGACCAAAACCAAGCCCCCUCAGGCAGCAGGACCCAGCUCACCUCAGAGACCCAAAACCCCAGAAGAGACCAAACCAGCCUCACCAGGGCCCCAGGAAGAUACCGACACUGAGGGGGAGCAGUCAGAAGAACAGGGCAAUGGGGCAGAAGAUUCUGGGGAUACCGAGGAUGAGCUGAGAAGGGUGGCCGAGCAAAGGGAGCAAAAGCAGCCCCCUGACCAGGGGGAGAAUGGCGAGGACCCGUAUGCAGGAUCCACAGAUGAGAACACAGACAACGAGGGUCCCCCAGAGUCUCCUGACCUGCCAGUUCCUGAGCUCCCAGACUUCUUCCAGGGCAAACACUUCUUCCUGUACGGAGAGUUCCCUGGGGACGAGCGGCGGAAGCUCAGCCGAUAUGUCACAGCCUUCAAUGGGGAGCUUGAGGACUACAUGAGCGACAGGGUCCAGUUUGUGAUCACAGCACAGGAGUGGGACCCCAGUUUUGAAGAGGCCCUGAUGGACAACCCCUCCUUGGUGUUUGUCCGCCCCCGAUGGAUCUACAGUUGCAACGAGAAGCAGAAGUUACUUCCGCACCAGCUUUAUGGGGUGGUGCCCCAGGCCUAAAGUAUGUGCUUUCAUGCAUAUGCAUGCGUGUACACACACACACACGCACACACACAAGAUGAGCUUAAUAAAGGUGACCUGGUUUGGA